AUGGCAGCCAUGCUUCUCUUCUGUCUCGUUCUCCUUUCCGUCUCUUCCUCGGUUCUUGCAUCUUCUAGCCCUUUCUUGAAUGCCUUGGAGAUCCUCUCAACCUCUGGCUAUCUCUCCAUGGCAUUAACCCUUGAAAUCACAUCAAAAAGACUCAAUUUUGAAUCAUCUGCUGCAACUAUAUUCGCUCCAUUGGACAUUGCUUUUGAAAGAUCAGGCCAACUUUCUGUUCUUGAACUCCAAUAUCACAUGUCACCAUUGAUAUUUUCUGGGGAUAACCUCAAGAGUCUUCCUUUUGGCACAAGAAUCCCCACAUUAUUGCCAAAUCACUCACUGAUUGUCACUACUAGUUCAGGUUAUUUUGAUGGCCGGCCGUCAAUCAAUGGAAUCUUGAUCCAAGAAUCAGCCUUGGUUGAUUUUGGGUCUCUGAUCAUUCAUGGGGUGAGUGAGUUCUUCAAUUCUUCUCUUGAGAUUUAUCGUAAUUUGGCACCAGAACCAGCACCAAGUCCUAGUCCAAUUACUAGUCUUGGCAAUACUCCUCAGAACGAAUCGUCUGUCUUGGAUGUUGAUCUUUUAGGCGAGGUUUCACAUUUACUAAUGUCUAGAGGUUAUUCAAUAAUGGGGGCAUUUCUUGAUGCGCAACUGUUUGGAAUCAAGAACCAGACAAAGUUGACAAUCUUUGCACCAGUUGAUCAAGCAAUGGAUGCAUAUGCAAAGAAUGUUAGUGAUUAUUCAUCAAUCUUUCGGCAACAUGUGGUUCCUGGAUUGUUUCCAUGGCAAGAUUUGGAGGGGUUCAAUGAUGGGACAAGUUUGCCUACUUUCUCAUCAGGAGGGUUCACGAUCAAUUUGACUAGGUCCGGUGAUGUGCUUAUUCUUAAUGGUGUUCCUGUUAUCUUUCCAGAUAUGUAUCGCAGUGACUGGCUGAUAAUUCAUGGUCUGAACCAGCUGCUUACACCAACAAUAGAGCAGGAGUUAGUGGGGGAAUCGUUCUCAGAACUUGAUGCGGCAGAAAAUAAACCAAAUGUACCUGAUUUUGAUGACUAUGGAUAUGGAGCACCAUGA